UGCACUACUUAGAGUGUAAGAGGAAUAGAUUUUUACGGCAUAUCUAGUGCACUACAUGCUAAAUUGAGAUUGUGCCUUUGAUUUCUGUAUGAAUGCUUUGGCAGUAUGGUGGCGCUUUAGGAGGCGUUUAUGGCGAAAGAUGUUUUUUUUUUUUUUUUGUGAAUUUCCAUAUAAGAAAUAUCUCAGACGCGGCCGUCGAGUCAAUUAGGUAGCUAUAACGGUGUUAUAAGUAGUAUAACUAAAAUAUUUUGUAAUUACUUUGUAAUAAUAUUUACUAUUUAGAUUCUUUUACACCGGGCGCGAGCUGAGCGGAAGGGAAGUCAGCAUGGGGCCGUGGCUUUAAUAAGGCUGUGGCUAAUUAGUAUUUAAUUAAUGAGUGUGCAGUUGAUCAUCUUUAGCUUUCCCCUGGUUGAGACCUGAAGCGGACACCGGACAUGGCGUCUGACACUCAGCUGAUGUUGAGCGUAGGGUUGAUCGAGAAGGACGUGAACGCAGACACGCUGUGGGUUUGGUGUUUCCCAGCAGUCAACACCGAGUUUCGGGAUCUGCUGAUGCGGAAGUGCUGUUUGUCGCGUGACUCCGAGGAGCUGCACGCUUUCGUGUUCGGGCAGUACCAGCGCACCUGGUACUACCUCACCUCCACUGAGGUCCAGGAGCCCACCGCCCUCAAUAAGGUUACACAUUUCUGUAUAGUUAUUACAGCAAAGGAUUUUAACCCAGAAAAGUAUGCUGCAUUUAGCCGAGUUCUGCGUAGGGUGUACAUGAAGCAUGGCACUCCAGUGAAGAUGAUGGAAGGCUACAUUGCAGUUCUAACAAAGGGCAUUUGUCAGAGCGAUGAGAACGGCUCCUUCCUCAUCAAGGACUAUGAUGUUAGGAAAGCCUAUUUGGCUGGAUCCAUUAAAGAUGUUGUGUCUCAGUUUGGAAUGGAGACCAUUAUCCUGUACACAGCGCUGAUGCUGAAGAAAAGGAUUGUGAUCUACCAUCCUCGUGUCGAGGCUCUGCUAGAGUUUACAAGAGCACUUCCAACCCUGACAUGGCAUCGGAAAGACUGGUCUAUUCUCCACCCUUAUGUCCAUCUGGAGGACAGAGAGUUGGACAACCUCAGAUCAUGUACAGGAUAUGUGGCAGGCUUUGUUGAUCCUGAGGUCAUCAACAGAUCAGAUCUCUUUGAUGUUUUUGUGCGUCUCCCAGACAGCGAAAUCACCGUAGCUCAACAUGCAAAAGAGGCCAUGGCUAUGGGGAAACUGCAUAAGGAAAUUGGCCACUUGAUUGUCCAGUCUGCAGAAGAUGCUGAUCGCACAGACGCUCAAGUUACCAAGGAUAUCUCUGUAAAGACAAAGGAGAUCCUUAACAACUUGGCGUCCCUCGCUGAGGAAGGGGACGACACAAAGCUCACGUUGGACUCACUGAAGCGACGUCAUCUUCCUCCAGCGACCGAGAACUUCCUCUUCCACUUAGCUGCAGCUGAGCAGCUCCUGAAGAUCUAAAUAAUCCAGUUCCCUAUGACUUGAUGAAAUCGAGGCAAGCCUAAUGAAGGAAAUCACCAUGUGAUCAUAUGACUUGUAAAUGCUUGUAAGGACGAAUUCGCAAAACAAGUUUUAUAGCGAUUUUAUGAUGUUCUAUUCACAUUCAGUGACCAAGACCAUGGUUGUACAAUGUACAUGUACACAUUUUUACGGGAUCAAUCUAAACUUGAACACAGUCUACAUGGAGAGUAUUUUGUGGUAGCACUUCAUUAAAUAGUUUAUAUAGAUUUUUAUGCCAAUACAAUGGUUUAAAAAAAAAAAAAAAAAAAGGUACCAGGAAGCUAAUAAUAAGAUAAAGAUAAUAGCGAUCAUCUGUUUCUCACAGCCUUGACAAGCUCUUUAUUUUUACCCAAAACCUUUUUUUUUUUCUUGCCCGACAUCUGCCUAAAAGAGCACUUGUGCCAAAAAUAUUCCAUAUGCACUUUCCAUAUUUGUAAUUGUUUUCUUAAAUGAUACUAGUGUCUUUUCAAACAUGAUAGUUCUAAUGGCAUUAAAAUGAAAGCCCAGUGUAAAGCUCUCUAAAGAUAUUUCAGUGUAAAAUUAACAAUGUACCAAUAGCAAUAUUUUGUAAAAACCCGUUCUGUCUAAGAUGCAAAUAUUUCACACAUGAAUCUGUACCAUUUCCCAAGAGUUAUGGUUUUAUUAUGUACUGCUUGUUUGACAUUAAUUGAGAAUAUGGCUGUACACGAGCAGUGCUGCAUCAGUGAUCGCAGUUCAUCUACAGUGCUGAGAACAGUGCAGACCAAACUACCAGCACAGUCCUGAAAAAAGUGCUGCGGUUUCAGUAAUUCCACUAAACUUGGUAUACGCCACUGAAAGUGUAGUGGGGUGUUACAUUUGUUCAGAUGAACUGCAUGUGCAAAGGCAGCAAUCAGUACUCGGUGUAAUCAGUACUACUUUCAAAAUAGUAUUUUUUCAGUCAGGUUUCCAUACAGAAGCUCAUUAGGAAUCUCACUUAGGAAGCUCACUUGAUAUGAUAUAAAUGUUGCGAGUGCUGGUCUUUAAGGUCUGUUAGAGUCCUCUGUGGUAAAACAGCUCCCCAUCAUCUGUUAAACUUUGCAGCUCUUUUUCUACGUGCUCCUUUUUAAUCUAAAAACAGCAGAAAUAAAAUGACAUUUAACACAUACAAAACCA